UUUAUUUUGACGCUUUAUGUUGUCCUUCUAACUCAUUUUAUAUUUUAUGACAUGUCGUUGAUAUAUUUGAGAAUUGCAACAAAUAUUAGGAUAAUCUGGCUGUCUUUCUAACUAUGCAAUCGAUUAAGUACACCAUUAUUGCCGAGUCAAACAUAAACAGCUUCGGUCCAUUGCUAGGUUUACGUUAUGCGACAACUUGAAGUGUAUGCGAAAGGACAGAAUAACAAAACGUGGUAGUGAAUGCGGUAGAGUCCCAGUCUAGGUAUGGAGCAGUGUGCGUGUGUGGAGCGGGAGCUGGAGAAGGUGCUCCAUAGGUUCGUCAUGUACGGACACCAGUCAGAGGAACGGCUGGACGAACUACUACGCAGCGUCUGUGAGCUACGGGGACAGCUGGUUACAUUCGGGGUACGAGAUGCAGAUCUGACGGUGCUGUCUCAGACCAUGGCCCAGUGUUGUAAGAACAUUAAAGAAACGGUACAGCUGCUGGCCUCCAGACACAAGGACAUCCACGGCAGUGUCUCCAAAGUGGGCAAAGCUAUCGACAGGAACUUUGAUGCAGAGGUGAGUGCAGUGGUGGCAGAGACAGUGUGGGACUCACCUGAGAGACAGAAGUACCUGAGUGAGACCAUCGUGGAACACCUGUACAGACAAGGCAUGCUGAGUGUGGCAGAGGACCUAUGUCAGGAGUCUGGAGUAGUGAUUGACAUGAGCAUGAAGCAGCCGUUCUUGGAACUCAACAGGAUCCUGGAGGCCUUGAGGAUGCAGGACCUCAGACCAGCACUAGAAUGGGCAGUAACAAACCGGCAGCGCCUGCUGGACCUGAACAGUACCCUGGAGUUCAAGCUGCACCGCCUCUACUUCAUCAGCCUGUUAAACGGAGGCAUCACCAACCAGCUGGAGGCGCUACAGUACGCCAGGCACUUCCAGCCCUUCGCCUCACAGCACCAGAGAGACAUCCAGAUCCUCAUGGGUAGUCUGGUGUACCUGCGGCACGGCAUAGAGAACUCUCCCUACCGCUCUCUGCUAGAGACCAACCAAUGGGCUGAGAUCUGUAACAGCUUCACCAGGGACGCCUGCGCUCUGCUGGGGCUAUCUGUAGAGUCACCUCUCAGUGUCAGUUUUGCGUCAGGCUGCAUGGCUCUGCCAGUCCUGAUGAACAUCAAACAGGUGAUUGAACAGAGACAGUGUAGCGGAGUCUGGACACACAAGGACGAGCUGCCUAUUGAGAUAGACCUGGGGAAGAAGUGCUGGUACCAUUCCGUAUUCGCCUGUCCCAUCCUCCGGCAGCAGACGUCAGAGAGCAACCCUCCCAUGAAGCUCAUCUGUGGACACGUCAUCUCCAGAGACGCCCUCAACAAACUCACCAACGCUGGAAAACUGAAAUGCCCCUACUGUCCCAUGGAGCAGAACCCGUCAGAUGCCAAGCAGAUCUUCUUUUGAUCCCCCGUCCUUUUUCCUGAAACCGCCAGGCCCUUGGAGCUACAGUAGCUACCUGCUACCCCAGGACCCCUGGAAAUCCCCAUCCUACAGGCACCAAUUUGCCCCAGUGCCCCCACCCAAACUCGGACAGAUACCCUCCCAGUGAUGGCCCAAGGCUGUAAUACUCCUGCCUCGUCUUGCCCCAUCAACAGCUCCUAGUGUACAGAGGGCUGAUGUGGAUGGCCCAUCAAACGACUUCUACCCAUAGAGAGACAGAGAGGAGUCGGUCAGCAUGAGGACAAAGGAAACAUCUCAAAAGGAUUGUUCAUUCAUUGACACUCGUUCAUUUGCAACUGCCUGCUGAACUUAUUCUACACUUUUUCUUUAAGGAUGUGAUGAGGUGUUAUGCUUUCUUUUGUGGGAUGGUGAUAGGCUGUCGAGUUGAUGAUGAUGAUGAUAGGCUGUCGAGUUGAUGAUGAUGGUGAUAGGCUGUCGAGUUGAGUUGAUGGUGAUAGGCUGUCGAGUUGAUGGUGAUAGGCUGUCGAGUUGAUGGUGAUAGGCUGUCGAGUUGAGUUGAUGGUGAUAGGCUGUCGAGUUGAGUUGAUGGUGAUAGGCUGUCGAGUUGAUGAUGGUGAUAGGCUACCCUACUGUAGUUGAUGAUGGUGAUAGGCUGUCGAGUUGAGUUGAUGAUGGUGAUAGGCUGUCGAGUUGAUGAUGGUGAUGUUGAAUUUCUGUUGAGGAUGAUAGCCUUUCGAGUUGAGUUGAUAGCGAUAGGGUAUCAAGUUGUAGUUUUUGGACGACUGCUAAGUUCCUUAUUCUCUAUCUCUCCAUCUGUAGGCUUUCCUCAGUACACAGAAUGCUCUAUCCAUCUGUAGGCUUUCCUCAGUACACAGAAUGCUCUAUCCAUCUGUAGGCUUUCCUCAGUACACAGAAUGCUCUAUCCAUCUGUAGGCUUUCCUCAGUACACAGAAUGCUCUAUCCAUCUGUAGGCUUUCCUCAGUACACAGAAUGGGUCUUUUAGAAUGAUUUAAUGGAUGUUAGAGGGGUGAUGUGACUUUUUUUUUUCUUUUUUUUUUUUUAGAAAGUUGUCUGAUUUCAGGAGAGUAUUUAAACUUCUAUAUUACAGAGGUAAAGCUAAGUGGCCUCUGAGAAAAUAUAUUCACAUAAAUUGUAUUGAGAGGUUGUGAUUGGCUGAUAGGUGGUGACCAUGGUUACAGUUUGUGAAUGGAACACUGAUUGUAAAAAAAAAUGUUUAACAUUUCUCUUUCUAUUGGUGAUGAUGUAAUAAAGGCCCUGAUUGGUUGAAAGUCACUUUGGGUUACAGUACAUGUAUCAGUGUGAUGAUCAACAGUUGUGAUCGAUGGAGAGGUCGAGGGUCAAUUGACUGAUUUGAUUUUGCAACUGGCUCCAAUAACAAUAAUUUUCCUGAAGAAGGAAGCCAUGUUUCUUGUUCUGUGUAGGCCUAUGUAUUCAACAAAAACUAAUUAUACUACUGUGAAGUCUGCUUUUGUUUUUAUUUAUCAUCGCUAGAAUCAAGUCUCUUUGUAAAAUAGUGAAACCACAAGUAACAUAAUACAUUUUAUGAAAUAUAAUUUUGCCACAAAAUGGCAACAUCAGUAUUGGGUUGGAUCCAUGAUCAAAUCCUUCUCCGUUUUCCGAACCGAUAGCUCCCAGCCCAUGGAAUGGUGAUGUCAUACCAGCCCAUGGAAUGGUGAUGUCAGCGAGUUCUGCACCACCAUCUCUUUAACAGCCGACACAUGGUAGCAGUCAGCCAUUAUAUCAACUUUGCACUGAUCUCCAGUCAGAAUGAAUGAUGGAAGCAGGUAUAGUUUUAUAUUAUGAUUUGUGUGUGCACAUGUGUUUGUUUUAUGUUUGGUUGAUUUUUACAUUUGAUAUACUGCUUUUGGUUGACAAUCAUUCAUCUCCUUUCCCAGAUUGACAGAAUACACUAAGGUCUGAUAUGGCUUCUUCCUUGGGUUCUUUUUCUUUCCAUUAGUCAGUUAUUGAGUUCUUGUGUGAUAGGUUUGCCUUUUACCUGCUUCUCUGUCUUUAUUAAAGUUGUAUUGUACAUAUUUAUUCUCUAACAUGUUUCAUAUUAUACUUGCAUCUUAAAAUGGAAUAAAAACUUUAUACUCCAA